GACUGUUUGUUUCAGCUUCUUAAUGGUUCAGAUGUCUGAAUGGUUAAGAGAUUUGCUUCUGAAUGGUUAAGUAUUAUACAGAGUCUGAAUGGUUAAGACCUCUUAUCUGAAUUGAUCAGACAUUUGCCUCUGAAUAGUUAAGCAAUAUACUAGCUCUUAAUGGUUCAGACCUCUUACUGAUUCAGCACUUAAUGGUUCAGACCUCUUACUGGUUCAGCUCGGCGUUGACACUAGAUUCCUUUGUGUUUGUAACUCAACCAACUCAUAUAAGAAAUUUGUUUAUUUCUUCAUAGUUCGUACUGUAGAGCUUAGAGAGUAAUUCAAAAAUUCAAGUGUGAAAGGAUUAAGGCGCCAGUGGCAAUGGAACCGGAGAGUAGCCGGCACACUUGCCUGAAGCUGGAAAUUACGAGCAGCGGCGCGGUGGAUCUGGAACGCAUCUUCGUCAAAGGCACCUGGUUCACCUCCCAUUUCGACCUCUCCAUCUCCAAUGGCCUUGACGCCUGGAUUUGCAGCGCUUCGGAGGAAGAGGUUGAAGAGAGAGCUUCUCAAUGGGACCAGCCGGUUUCAGAAUACAUCGAAAUGGCGGAGAAAUACCUAGGGUUUCAACAGCCCGGUUCGGUCUACGGGUUCUCUGAUGCAGGUGCUGGCCACAGAAGAUUGUCAUGGACUUUUGAGAAAGAAGGAACAAAGCUGGAGUGGCGGUGGAAAUGCCAACCAUCACCUGAUACUAAGAAAACUACAGCCGACAUCUUGGAUUUUCUCAUGGAUUCAAACAUACAACUCAGUGAGGAAGUUCUGAGCAAGACACAGGCUUUUGAAAAAGUGGAAUCUGAAGCUGAAAAAUGUUUAGCUCAAAGUGAGAGACUUGCCAUAGAGAAGGAAGAAUUUGAAGCCGGAUUAUAUACAAAGUUUCUUGGAGUGUUGAAUUCGAAAAAAGCAAAGCUAAGAGAGCUGCGCGAUAGACUUCCAAAUGAAGCGACUGGUAAUAAGCGAGUGCAAGAAGAGGAGGAAGAAGGGUCGAGUGACAGAACCCAGACGUCUGACGAGGAAUAACAGAGUAAGAAGUACAAACUAAAUUUUCAGAGCUGUAAAAUUAGAAUAGAGCUAUUUUGACACCAAGAGCCAGAGCUAUAAUACGACACUGGUCCAUUUGAGUUUUGUUCGAUAUCAGAGUGGUUUUUAUCCUCCCAUUUGGGUGACAAUCCAUUACCAAGUACAUAAAUUUUUAUCACUUUC